GCUGUAUCCAUCACAGGAUUAUCUGUUUCGGGGUAGGUUGGUCGGAUGGAAGGAGCACCAACGCUUGAGAGAAAGCUCUGCAUUUAAAACGCCCAGAGAAGAAUCAGCAACUACCGUACCUCGUUUUUUCUUUCAUCUUCCUCCUAUUUUCCUGACCAGUACAGCGUUGUCAUGAGGAAUGCACAGGUUGCCUGGGAUCGUUGACUGCCAAUAAGUGAAUAUUCUUUCAGCACUUCCCUCCAAUACAAGCACAGUUUUUUCGCGUGUGAUUUUUUGGGGGAUACCGUUUGGAUCCUAGGCUAAAAUAAAUCAGAUCCACGUUUGCCCGCCUGCAUGUUGUCAGCAAGAUUAUUGCGUUGGCUAUGUAGUGUAAUGUAGACCGGUAUCUGCAUAGUGUUAAUCUCUGUGUUCUGCUACCUUCAUAAGUGGAUUGCACAUCACCAGUCAACGAUUUCUUCCUCCUCCGACCUCGGGUGCUGUGGACUCGGAGGAAACAUGGGACUGCCUGCUCUGGAGUUUAGUGAUUGCUAUCUGGACAGUCCACAGUUCCGAGACAGAUUAAAAUCUCACGAACUGGAACUGGACAAGACCAACAAAUUCAUCAAAGAACUAAUCAAAGAUGGGAAGGCGCUCAUCCAAGCGUUGAAAAAUCUGUCCACGGCCAAGAGGAAAUUUGCAGAGUCUCUCAACGAGUUUAAGUUCCAGUGUAUAGGAGAUGCAGAAACGGAUGACGAGAUAUGUAUUGCAAAGUCUCUACAGGAGUUUGCUGGAGUGCUGCAGAACCUGGAGGAUGAGAGGACACGGAUGAUUGAAAAUGCCAAUGAUGUGCUGAUCAUGCCGCUGGAGCGCUUCAGAAAGGAGCAGAUCAGUGCUGCCAAGGAAGCCAAGAAGAAAUAUGACAAAGAGACGGAGAAGUACUGUGCUGUACUGGAGAAGCACCUGAGUCUAUCAGCAAAGAAGAAAGAAGCACAUCUCCAUGAAGCAGACAGUCAGGUGGACCACGUGCGGCAGCAUUUCUAUGAGGUGUCUCUGGAGUAUGUGUUCAAGGUGCAGGAAGUCCAGGAGAGGAAGAUGUUUGACUUCGUAGAGCCGUUGCUGGCAUUCCUUCAAGGGCUGUUUACUUACUACCAUCAUGGGUACGAGCUGGCAAAAGACUUCAACCACUUCAAGACAGACCUCACCAUCAGCAUUCAGAAUACGCGGAACCGUUUUGAAAGCACCCGGUCUGAGGUGGAGUGUCUGAUGAGGAAGAUGAAGGAGAACCCCCAUGAACACAAGAGCAUCAGCCAUGACACCAUGGAGGGAUAUCUGUUUGUACAGGAGAAACGUUCUUUUGUGUCAACCUGGGUCAAGUACUACUGCACCUACCAUCGAGAGCCCAAACGAGUCACCAUGGUCCUGUUUGACCAGAAGUCUGGAGGCAAAGUGGGAGAGGAGGAGAGCUUCACUCUGAAGUCCUGCACAAGGCGGAAGACGGACUCUAUAGAGAAGAGGUUCUGUUUUGAUGUGGAGGGCGUAGACAGGACUGUAUUGACAGCUGAAGGUGAGCCUGUAUCAGUGUGUGUGUGUGUGUGUGUGUGUGUGUGUUGCAGGUCGGGGGUGAUCACCAUGCAGGCUCUAUCGGAGGAAGACCGCAGGCUCUGGAUGGAGGCUAUGGAUGGGAGAGAACCGGUCUAUAACUUAAACAGAGACAGCCAAAGUGAAGGCAUGGUCCAGCUAGACGUGGUUGGCUUCAACGUGGUGAAGAAGUUCAUCUAUGCUGUGGAGACCAGAGGCAUCGAUGAGCAGGGUCUGUACAGGAUUGUUGGGGUGAACUCCAGAGUACAGAAACUACUGGGUCUUGCCAUGGAUCCUAAAACCUGUGCUGAUGUGGAGCUGGACAGUACAGAAUGGGAGAUCAAGACCAUCACCAGUGCAAUCAAGUUCUACCUCAGAAUGCUGCCUGCACCCCUCAUGACUUAUCAGUAUCAAAGGAGCUUCAUCAAGGCAGCCAAACGUGACAAUCAGGAGGCGAGGAUCACAGAGAUCCAUAGCAUCGUCCACUGGCUCCCAGAGAAGAACCGGCAGAUGCUGGACCUGCUUACGAAACACUUGGCAAAUGUGGCCAAUCACCACCAGCAGAACCUGAUGACUGUGGCUAACCUGGGGGUGGUGUUUGGCCCAACUCUGCUGAGGCCGCAGGAAGAGACUGUGGCGGCCAUCAUGGACAUCAAGUUCCAGAACAUCGUGGUGGAGAUCCUCAUCGAGAACCACGAGAGGAUAUUCAAUGACAUGCCAGUUCCGGGAGGUGGCCCGGCCAACCUACAGCUCAACCUGCAGCCGCGGAGGAGGAGCACGGAGAGCAAGGCCCCGUCCUGCAGCGAGAGACCCCUCACCCUCUUCCACACACCCACACACUCCCAGAAAGUGGAGGAGAGGAACAGUGGGGUAGUGAACUCUACUCCAGAGCUCCAGCAGCCGCAGCCAGCCCAGGCCAAGGCUCCCCACAACAACCCUUCAGCCAAUCCCUCCUCCUCCUCAGCAGCGGUCCACCAUAACAGCAGUGGCAGCCACGGCCACAGCUGGACCCCACGCAACAGCCUGACCAGCACUGACAGGGACCAGGACAGGGGCCUGACUGCCAGGCAGAACUUACAGAGCCGCCCAAACUCACUGCUGAACCCAAAGAGCCGCACCAGUAUCCCAACGAGCCCAGCCUCACCCAGCCCCACCUCACCACGUUCCCCCUCCUGGCCGAUGUUCUCCGCACCCUCCAGCCCCCAGCCAGCUUCCUCCACCUCCAGUGACUCCUCCCCCAUCAGCGUCCCAGGCAGGCAGGCUAGGGCCCUCUACGCCUGCAAAGCCGAGCACCACUCUGAGCUUUCAUUCAUCGCAGGGACCACCUUUGAAAAUGUUCAUUCCUCCAGGGAGCCAGGCUGGCUGGAAGGCACCCUGGACGGCAGGACGGGCCUGAUACCGGAGAACUAUGUGGAGUUUGUGUAGUCCUGGAUCAGGACUGAACUGGAGAGACCACGCAGCUGCACUGUUUCCCUGCAGCUUAUUGGAAGUCUGGAGCACAGAGUGCUCCCUGCUGUGCAUGGUCAUGAAUCUGGAAUUCAGCAGCAGACUCUGUGUGUGUGUGUGUGUGUGUGUUUUGCAUUGUUGCUACAAAAGCUCAUUCCCCUGUUCAGACAGUCCUUAGUUCAUUGAAUUGCACUGCCACUGCUUUUAGUAUCUUCUAUCAUCAGUUGUUGGAACUUAGGAAUAUGUUUCCAUUUUGGGGUGGGAAAAAAGUAAUUGGUCUGAGGUUUGGACUGCUGUCCAACUUCUCUUCCUGUGUACUGUCUGUAGGAACAGGGCGGCUGGUAACCUAGCGGUUAAGAGCGUUGGCCCAGUAACCCAAUGGUCGUUGGUUUGAAUCCACAAUCUGACUAGAUGAAAAGUCUGUUGUGCCCUUGAGCAAGGCACUUAACCCUAAUCACUCUGGAGCGUCUGCUAAAAUGUCAAAUGUCACAAUGAAUGGAGUUGACUGUGUGGGGGGCUUUCAUCUCUAAAUGAUAGGGGGGUAUUUUUCAGCAAGUAUCGCUAUAAAUGCAACCCGGUAUUCCCCUAGACAAAAUUGGUACAACAGCUGCUGUUGUACCAAACAGUACAGCGGUGGGAGCAUAUAUUAACUCCCGGUUACACACAUUUAAUAGCUUUUUUUAUUAAAAAAUAUGGAACUACUGGGUGAAAUUGUCUCAAAAAACCUAGAAAGUUAACUGAACUGUUUUCAUUAACUGAUUUUUUUUCUUCUUAACAGGUAGAGUGCAAAAAAUGUUUUAAUGUGAAACUAGACCACUUUUGUUAUUUAUAUACAUUUUCAAAGCUGAGAUCUGAACUGUAUUCUUUUAGAGUGUAUUAACAUUGUAAAUACAUUUGAUAAGGUAUCAUUUUCUAAGUAUCACAUUUUGUAUUGUAGCAUAUUAACUGAUUUGUUUUUUAGCAUCUUAGUUGCUACAUUUUUUGUGUCAUUGAUUUCCUGUCCAUUGGGAGCCUGAAUAUUCUUUUUGAUCAAAUGAAUCAUGAACAAGGUUGUAUAGAAGAUAAUCUAUUAAAGACCAACAUUGAACUCGCA